CCUGGCCACACCCUCCGCCCGGACUCAGCCACUGCAGCUGCCCUCUCCGCACGAGGCUGCCGGCUCGGGACCCCCAGCUCUGACGUGAGUCUCUCCUCCAUCCUCCUCCAUCCGCUCCCCUCUGCCCAGGGGCCGGGCUCAGAGGGAAAGAGGGAGUGACUGCUGGCGAUCCCCACUUCUGAGACCCUCCCCCUGGCCCUCCUUCCUGCAGCCAAAGACCCUGGCAGGGGUCUUUGAAGCCAGAGGUGCCUGCUCAGGAUGUCGCCCUGUGGUCGCCUGUGUCUCCUGGUCUUCGUUGGCCUGAUUCUCCCCACCAGAGGACAGACAUUGGAGGAGGCCACAUCCAUUACUCUAGCAGACCCAGUCACUGAGAACGUUCAUGCCCUGACUCCAGCCCCAGACACCGUCCACCCAGAACUCCAGCCCACUCCUCAGACUUCAACCCUGCAGGCUGAAGCAACCCCAAACCAGAUGGAGAUCCACACCCAGCAACCGACGGAAAUGGAUGUGCUUCUUACAACAGGUCCGGGGACAGACAAGAGCUGGACGCAAGGCCCCACGCGCCCCAAGACCCGACUCCCACGUAAAAACGUCAGGACGGACCCCGCCCUCAAGCAGACUGGUUCAAGCGAGGAUGACCCCUUCUCCUAUGACGAGGACACCCUCCGGAAACGGGGGCUGUUGGUGGCAGCCGUGCUGUUCAUCACCGGCAUCGUCAUCCUCACCAGUGGCAAGUGUAGGCAGUUGCCCCGGUUAUGCCGGAGUCAUGACAGAUGAGUCCAUCGGAAGUGGGGGCUGAUGACCCGAUGGGCACCCCGAGACUGACCCCCCGCUGGCUCACCGUGCCUGGCCUCCUCCCUCCCCUCGAAGGACCUACAGACUAGUCAGCAAAGCCCAGCCUGAGAGGUAGGACGUGGAUGGAGCCAGAGCCGGGACUGGUGGCCUGAGCCCCCUACUCUCCCAGCCCUGCCCUCCCUGAAGGCUGACUGGCUCCCCAUUUAUCCAUUCUGUUCCGACAAGAAGUAAAGCACUGUGGUCUUUGC